AUGUCAGACGAGCUACCAGACGAGGAUUUUCAGAGUAUACCAGCAACUGAUCUCGGGAUAGGCUCGUCUGGUGAUUUCAGUGAAGCACCUCCACCUCCGCCUGGCUUUCCAAGUACAAGUAGGGAAGCUGUUCGAGGUAGUGAGCGAACUCCUGUAAUCUCAUCUCCUGCAGGCUCCGAUUUUCCGCACACCUCCACAAACGAAAGAGUAAACAUUCAAAUCAUUGCCGAUCCUACCAUUGAUCGUCAAACAAGUUUCCCAUUAUCUUCUGCACCUGCAAGUCAGAGUCAAUUAACACAGCCUGUAUUAGAUCCAGCGAACUCUUCCAUAUCUUCCUUGGAAACUGCUGUGCCCACUCAACCUUUUUACGUUCCUGCGGUUCCAGAUUUUAAUCAAGAAACUCUGUAUGCCACAGCUGAAUCUUCUCAAUCAGUGACAUCAAACUUAUUAGAUCCUGAUAUUUCAUUGGCGCAGGCAUUAGUCGCUGGUACGAGUUGCUCGCAUCCUGCCGACCCGGAAAAUAAGGAAGAUCUUGUGGAUCCCGUUUUGCUAGCUGAAAUACUGCAGUUAGGAUUUGAAGAAGCUAUUGCUGUCUUAGCUAUAUCAAAAACUAAAGAAAUUGGUGGAGCUGAAGCAGCGAUAAAUUGGAUUUUAGAGCACAGCAACGAAAGUGAUUUUGAAUCGGACGAAGAGCAGGGUUCAAUGGGCGGAAUUCAUUCUACAAGUAUUGUAAGUAGGCAAUAUAAAAUGGUGUUCGUUGUUAAUAUGAGCCUUAAAAUGGGAUCAGGAAAGUUGGCUGCUCAAGGACAACGCGCAUUAGAUGCUUGGAGAAUAUCAGGAGAAAUGAAAGUAGUUGUUAAAGGUCAUAACACGGAAAUGCUUCUCGAUUUUUUCAAACAAGCAAAAGACUUGAGUUUAUUUGCUUAUAUUGUGUCCGAUGCUGGACGCACACAGAUUCCUGCUGGCUCAAGAACUGUUCUUGGCAUUUUUGGCCCAACUCAUUUAGUUGAUUUAGUUACUGGCGAAUUGAAACUUUUAUGA